GAAGGUGGUCCCAGCCCCUGGGUUCCGAGGGUCCGGGGCUCUGCGUCUGUCCCCGGGGAAUGUGGAGAGCUGGCAGCAUGUCCGCAGAGCUGGGAGUCGGGUUCGCAUUGCGGGCAGUGAACGAGCGCGUGCAGCAGGCUGUGGCGAGGCGGCCGAGGGAUCUCCCAGCCAUCCAGCCCCGGCUAGUAGCAGUCAGCAAAACCAAACCAGCAGAUAUGGUGAUUGAGGCCUAUGGUCACGGCCAGCGCACUUUUGGAGAGAACUAUGUUCAGGAACUUCUAGAAAAAGCAUCAAAUCCUAAAAUUCUGUCUUCAUGUCCUGAGAUCAAAUGGCAUUUCAUUGGCCACCUACAGAAACAAAACGUCAACAAAUUGAUGGCUGUUCCCAACCUCUUCAUGCUGGAAACAGUGGAUUCUAUGAAGUUAGCAGACAAAGUGAACAGUUCCUGGCAGAAGAAAGGUUCUGCUGAAAGGCUGAAGGUUAUGGUCCAGAUUAACACCAGUGGAGAGGAGAGUAAACAUGGCCUUCCACCUUCAGAGACAAUACCCAUGGUGGAACACAUAAAUACCAAGUGUCCCAGCCUGGAAUUCGUGGGACUGAUGACCAUAGGAAGCUUUGGGCAUGAUCUUAGCCAAGGACCAAACCCCGACUUCCAGGUGUUACUGUCCCUGCGGGAGGAGCUGUGUAGAAAGCUGAGCAUCCCCACUGACCAAGUUGAGCUGAGCAUGGGCAUGUCCAUGGACUUCCAGCAUGCAAUUGAAGUAGGCUCUACAAACGUCCGGAUAGGAAGCACCAUUUUUGGAGCACGGGAUUUCUCAAAGAAACCUGCCCUGGAUAAGAGUACAACAGACCUGAAGGCCCCAGUGGGGGUGGCACAGGAACACUGAGCUGAGGACAACCAAGAAGACUAACUAUGCACAAACCCUGAUUCUCAUUUUUAUAUUGCCCAUGUUACAGCCCAAUCAUGCUCUCUUGUGACCUUGAUAGAGCACUGAUGAUCACAUGUGUUGAUGGAAACCAUCUCACAUAGAAAGCUUGCUUCAGGCAGUGGCUUUGGAUUGAAUUUGAGAAAUCCAGUCUCUUCUACAGAGCAAACAUCAAAUCAGUAGCCAGGAAGUGAGUUUAAUGUUGAAUUCUGCGGACAAGCACCAACCAAUCUGUGAAUCUCUUUUUCAAGUUAAAAUUUGAGUCAGUGAGCCAAAGGUAGUGGCAUACACCCAUAAUCCCAGGGGGAGGCUGAAAGAGGAGUAACGUAAGUUGGAGGCCAGACUGUGUAACUUAGGCCCUUAGCAAGUCUCAAAAUAAAAAGGGCUGGAUGAGCUUAGUGGAAAAGCACUUGCCUCGCAUGUGUGAGAAUCUGGAUUCAAUCCCCAGUACUGGGGAAAAAAAAAAAAAAAGGAGUCAUGAAUUUCUAUAAUUAUGGAAGUCAGAGGGAUUUCCCACCCUCCUCCCACUUUAAUAGGAAAUUCCUAUGAUUACAGACUUCUUACAAGUUCCUACUUAAUGGUCACCUUUGCUGCUCAGUAGAUAGGGAAGGUAUUCUCUGCUCAGGAAUGGCAAUAUAAGUAACAUAAACAGUGGUUUAAAUUAAGGCUCCAAACACAAAUUUUUGCUAGGGAGAGUUUGUGUGAUUGACCACUGUGAUACUGACCCUGAAAUUACAGGGGUUAAUUGAUUGUAAAUAGGACCUGGGUCUUUCUGAGGUCCUCGUGAACAGACCGGAUUUUGAGCUUUUACCUCUAGGACCUACAGUGAUGGAAUUUAAUACAAUUUCUCCUCCACCAUAAUCCUCUUUCAGGUGAUUUUCUAGCCAAAAAAAUUGAAUUUCACCACUCCUCAAAAAUGAAAGUUCUAUCCAGGCAUGGUGGUGCACACCUAUAUUCCCAGCCAUUUGGGAGGCUGAGGCAGGAGGAACCCAAGUUUGAGG